CCCGGCACUUAGCAGUAUACCGACUCACUCGCUCCGCAUCACAUACCAACAUGACCGUGCUACACUUAGCUGAGACUACAGUGAGGAAGCGCAAAUCAAAAUGUGCACAAGUUUGCAGUGUUAAAAGUGUAAAGAAAAGGCUGCCUAUAGUCGGAUGGCUUCCGAAGUAUACCUUCACCACUCUCAUUCAAGAUAUUAUUGCCGGAAUCACCGUUGGUCUGACCGCCAUACCGCAAGGAAUAGCUUACGCUGUGGUCGCUGGACUGUCCCCGGAGUAUGGUCUAUACGCUGGGCUGAUGGGAGGGUUCGUCUACAUGAUAUUCGGCAGCUGUAAGGAUGUCACCGUGGGACCCACCGCCAUCAUGUCAGCUAUCGUCGCGAAAUACGUGUCCAGCUAUUCGGCUGACUUCGCCGUGCUCUCUGCAUUCUUAUCUGGAGUCAUCAUUCUUCUGAUGGGAAUAUUCCAACUGGGAUUCGUGGUGGAGUUCAUCUCAGCUCCAGUCAUCUCCGGCUUCACCACAGCGGCGGCUCUACAAAUUGCGUCGGCGCAGUUGAAAGCGAUAUUUGGCCUAACCGGAGCUGCUGGUACUUAUUUCGCUGCAUCCAUUUUCAAUUUCACUCAAAAUAUAGGCACUUUAAAAUUGUGGGAUACUGUACUCGGAUUUACCUCUAUAGCAUUUUUGAUGGCGAUGAAAAAAUUAGGUGAAGGUUGUAAACGCACUGACGGUGCGGGAAAGCAAAUAAGAUGGUUUGUUUCGUUAGCAAGGAACGCAAUUGUUGUUAUAAUUGGCAUGCUUAUUGCUUUUGCUGUAAAAACAAUAACUAAAGGAGAUGAGCCAUUAGCUCUUAUUGGUGAAAUAGGCAGCGGCAUACCAACAUUUGGAAUUCCACCAUUUACAUCCGUUGUUGGGAAUGAGACAUACAGUUUUCCAGACAUGUUAAAAGCACUUGGCCCAGAAUCAAUAGUCAUUCCUUUCGUUUCUAUAUUGGAGUCUGUAGCUAUAGCUAAAGCAUUUGCAGGAGGUGUCCAAGUAGAUGCUACUCAAGAAAUGAUAGCCCUCGGAAUGUGCAAUAUUUUUGGGUCAUUUGUACGCAGUAUGCCUAUAACCGGAUCAUUUACUAGGACUGCUUUAAACAAUGCCUCUGGCGUUGCCACAACUGCAGGAGGUAUCUUCACAGCUGCACUAAUAAUUCUUGCACUCAGUGUACUCACGUCUACAUUUUAUUUUAUACCGAGUGCAUCAUUAGCAGCUUUGAUUAUCACUGCCAUGUUUUCAAUGAUAGACUACACAAUAUUCUGUAGAUUAUGGCGCUGUAGUAAAAGAGAGCUAUUUGUUUUAUUUCUAACAAUGGCCGUGAGUCUUGGAUUAGGAUUGGAGUACGGUAUAGUGGCUGGAGUUCUUGCGGAGGCUGCCAUGUUGCUGUUCGCUACGGCAAGGCCAUCGAUCAAAUCAGUUCAUGUGAAGAGUGAUACAGGGCGUCAAUCUCUGAUGAUAACGUUAAAUGACAGUUUGUCGUACUGCUCAGCUGAGCACGUGCGGCGGGAAAUUUUCAAAGCCACUCGCAUAUCAGAGGCACUUAUCGUGGUAGAUGGCACCAAUCUCGAAAGCAUGGACACUACAGUCGCUUCUAAUCUCAUGGCGGUAGUCAAAGAUCUGGACAAAUUAUCGCGAAGAAUUGUUUUUGUAAACUUUUCACCAGAAAUUCAAAAGAUGUGCCUAGUUUUGCAUCCAAAUGCAUCUGAUUGUUUCAUUUCAGCAGCUAGAACUGAAGAUGUUAUAGCAAAGGUUUCAACCACAUCUCCUCCAUUGUCUAAAGUUUUAGUAGAUUAAUUUCAUAGAAAUAUAUGAUUUUUUAAACCCA